GCGUGGGGCGGAGCGGGAGCGGCGAUGGCGGCGCCCAGUGCAUUGCUCGUGAUGGGCGUGAGCGGCGCGGGAAAGUCGACCGUGGGUUCCAUGCUGGCCUCUGAGCUGGGCUGGAAAUUCUACGAUGCAGAUGACUUUCACCCAGAAGAGAACCGAGUGAAGAUGGGAAAGGGAAUACCGCUGAGUGACCAGGACAGGAUCCCGUGGCUCUGCAGCUUGCACGACAUUUUACUAAGAGAUGCAGCCUUAGGACAGCGUGUAGUUCUAGCCUGCUCAGCCCUGAAGAAAAUGUACAGAGACAUCCUAAGAAAAGGAAAAGAUAAUGCACCCCCAGAAUGUGGGGAGUCAAAGAAAGAGAAGUGCGCCAAGGUGCAGCUCUUCGUGGUCCAUCUGAGCGGCUCAUUCAAGAUCAUCUCUGGACGCUUACGCCAAAGGAAAGGACAUUUCAUGCCCCCUGAGUUAUUGCAGUCCCAGUUUGAUACUCUGGAGCCCCCGACAGCUCCAGAAAACUUCAUCCAAAUCAGCGUGGACAAAAAGCUUUCCGAGAUCAUUACUACAGUUACAGAAUCUCUGAAAAUGGAGUGUGACUUGUUUCCUGUCAUUGGUCUAGAACAGAAACAGGCAUGAAUCUCUAUCCCACUCCAAAUCCUGCUUGAGUCUCCUUGUCCAGGCUGUACUCCUAAUUCUUGAAGUGCACAAACCACAGUGCACUAAGAUGCACUUGUCUAAUUGCAGUUGUAGGAAUCUGUGAUGCACUUGGCGUCAUGGGCUGGCACAUGGGAAGACAAGACAAGGAAACUGAAAAGCUAAAAUUGAAGUUGAAAUUCAUGUGAUACAGUCCGAUGAUUACGGGUAAUUCAUAAUCUAUGCUGGAAAUCCUUACCUUGUUUAGAACAUUCUUGUAGCUUUAUAAUAAAUGAAAUUUGGCUGUC